AUGGAGGCUGUGGAGCUGGCACUCGGGUAUCUUGCAGCGGCAUUUCCCGCUGCAGCGCAAGCCGCCGAUUACAUAGCAUCCUCGUGCAUGCUAGAGAACUCCCCAGCAGCAGCAGGGAGACGCAUCUCUGCCGCUGAAACAGCCGCGGAUGUAGCGUCCGAAGGCACUUACAUGUGGCCUCACGAGGAAGGAAGAGUAUCCCCUAACUUCUCCUGGUGGGGCCCCUUGCCCUGCUACGCUGACGAGUGCAGCUCGAAGGCAGCAGCCAGACAGCAGCAGCCGCCGCCGCAAGAGGGCGAGAAGGCACUCGCAGAUCUUCGAGCACACGGAAGAAUGCUGCAUGGUCACCAGGGAGAAGGCUGCAGCAAGCGCACUGCUCACAAGCCACGCGCACUCACCAUCCGCCGACUGCGGCAAGGCGGGGGAGGAGCUGCCGCAGCAGUUAUGAGGAGUUUAUGGCCUUCGCGGAGCGCUAGACAGUACAGCAGUGCCACACAACAUAAGGGUCACCCCCUCCGAGAGCGACGCCACUCGGUGCUGCAUUUUCACAAGGAGCCUCUCGCUUCUUGUGCGCUUAACCCCAGUCACGGAGAUGCACUGGAGGGUGCCUCUGGAGUCGCCGACGAGGAGCGGGUCGAAGUUUCAGCAGCCUCCACGCGCGCUGCCGCGCAAGCCGCAGCAGCAGCGGCUGCGGCUGCUGCUGUGUCUUUGUGCGAUAAGCACACGCAGCACACGGCUGCGCAGCUACACGCGACCGCAGGCGCAGCCGAGAGCAUCUCUAGGGCUGUAGAGACGUGGUUGCUGCUGUUGAUACUGCUGCUUUUGCCCUGCUCGCUGCCGCUGCUGCAGCUGGUGCUUUUCCCCGCAGAGGGACAGGCAGCAGCAGCAGCGAACAUGGCAACUGCUGCUGCUGCAGUGGCGCUCGUGGAUGGGUGGCCAGGGUGGAUCGCUGCCAGUACAGCAUUCCUUGCUCGCCAUCCGGUUGCUACAGCCCUGCUAGCUGCUGCAGCAGCAGCCGUCCUGGGAUUCAUCUACACGUCUGUGCUGGCGGUGCGCACUUUGUCUGUUACUGCCCGCUGCGCAGCUGCCGCCAUGCAGCUGCAAUCGAAGGCAGAGACAGCUGAAAAGAGGGUAAUGGCGAUUGCUGAGGUGGCAGCAGAAGCAGCGUCGGCGUCAGCGUGCCCGCACAGACCCUUGCUGGCUAGCGCGUCUACAGCUUCGCUUGGCAGGACGAAGGCGUUGGUCAGCAGGGGGAGCGAGUCUGCGCACACAGGGCAGGCAGAAGGAUCCUCUCUCCUAACCCGUGCGUUCACGGAAGCCGGCAGAGAUUCCAGGGUGACUCAGCAGGACGCUGCUUUUCCGUGGAUAACAGUGACUGAGCUCCUUUCCACCCUACAGAUGGACGCCUCCGACUUUGCGACUCUUCCCGCUGCAGCAGCCGCGAGGAGCUUUGCGAGAUCUGGAGGGGCGUGCGGCCGGUCAUCGUGCAGCAGCCUCCGUAACGCGCUGCCUGAUGAAGCGGGCGCUGCUGAACAGAUUCGCGGAGGCAACAGUGAUGAAGGGAGCUUCCAGGGAGGGGGACGCAGUGACAACAGCACCGUCAGCGUGCUGCGUUCUUGGAGAAACCGAGCAACUACACUAGACAUGCGACCUCCCCAUCCAGAUAUAUGGCCCCAGAAGCCUGUGCUGCUGCGCGCGAUUGCUGAGCCAUGGAUGCUGGAGGAGCUGCGGCAGCAACGGAGACCGUCGAACGCUGCCGCGCAGGCGACUGUACGCCAACGCUUUGGACUGCGGCGUUUCCGACUCCGAUAUCCUCGUCCUCCCUUAGCGCUUCUCUCUCCCCAAGAGCCCACCGCCAGAGCAAUUCAUUCCUUCGAGACGCCUUAUUUCAAAGGAGCGAUUCUGGUCUGUUGCGUCGGCGUGGGAGGGAUGGCAGACUGUGGCGCCGGAGCCUCAAAAGGGGCAACCAUGCGAGUUUUAGUACAGGGCCGCUUUCUCCAUCCUUGGCGGCUGGGGGAAGUCUUGACAGGACAAGUCUUCUCCCGCCCUCUGCAACACCUGCCUCCUCGAUGGGUUAUAUCGCUUGGCGUACAAGUAGUAAGAAGCCUCACGGAUCUAAUUGAGGAAGACAUUGUCUCCGAUGAGCCUUUUUUUCUCUCGCCCCUCGUGUGCCUUGCUGAAAAGCUCCAUGUUGCACAGUGACGUCACGUGCAAGCGCCUUCGCUGCAAAAUCUGGAAGUGCCAGAAGAUAGCCGCUUGUUGUUUGGUCAUGAUCGCUGUCUUCCCGCCCUGACUGUGGCAGAGCGAAAGAAGAAGUUGCUGAAUAAGGGCCUCCUUAGAGCCAUUAGGUUCAAUUGCAAUAACAUAUACACAUUUGAGUUUACUCAGAGUUUCUUUUUACCGUCGACAUACGAAUUUGAUUUGGGACUAUUCCGGAAGAGCCUCGCUCCUUUACUAAACAAGCAGCCGGUGGAGCUCAUGGCGCUUAUAGACCCCGUCGCAAUAGGACCCCCCGAGGGGCUUCCCUCCGUGAUCGCUUCUCGCGAGGCAUCAGUGGCAGCGGCGCAAGCAGCAGCAGCAAUGGAAGCGAAAAACGAGCAGCAUGACCAGGUGCUGGAAGUGUUGCUACCGAAGAAGCCAUCGGACAGAAUCAAAACAAAUUUAGCGUGGCAAAAAUCAAUAUCUUGUGCCUGUGCAUAA